AUGAAGACUUCUAUGAUCAUCUACGCCGUUGCGGCUAUUGCUGGUGUCGCUCAGGCCAAGCGUGGUUGCGCACCGGACCCUAACAACAAAGGAAGCGGUUGGUACCGUGUCGAGACCGGCGACACUCUCAACGACAUCGCUAAAGACUUCGGCUCUACUGCCGAAAAGCUCGCCGAGGACAGCAACAUCGCUAACAAGGACGUCAUCUUCCCGGGUCAGAUCGUCACCGUUCCUUGCAAAGCUUAA